AUGUUAAAUAAAAUAGUGUCAAAUCAAAUCCCAAUCGAAUUUAAUUCAGACCAGGAUGAAUUUCAUUAAUGCUUCCCAAGCAAAAGUGAUUCUACAGCCACACCAGGGUUAUUAGAUAAUACCAAUUCAUCUAAAGCCUUCUGUUCUUAACUUUUUGACGAUCAACUUAACUAAGAUGGUAAUAUAUCAAUAAUAUGUAGAUGAUGAGUUCAAUUCUUUGAAUAAACAACUCUAGAAUGUGUUGCUUACUGACAAUUAUCGACCCUCAUUGAUUCAAGCUUUCUCAGCUGAUAUGUAAAAGAUUAAAAAUUAAAAAUUUAGGUCUUCAUAUUUGAGUCACGAAAAACUGACAAGGAACUCCAGAAAAAUGUAAUAGGAAUACGAGUAGGCCAAUCCAAAAGAAAGGGAAUUCAUAUUUAACACUUAUAUUAAAAACAAUAUAUUUCAUCUAAGUUUGGACAAAUAUAUGCAUUACAUACUGGAAAAAAUUAUUGAAAUUGGUAUUUAUUAUAAAUAAAUUAGGGCCAAUAAAUUGUAGAAACAUUAUUCUAGACUAAAUUUUUCAUUCUAUUAAGAAACUAGUAAUUGAUCUUCACGCUUGUAAGGUGAUGCAAAAGGGAUUAGAGGUUAUGUCCUUGUAUUCUUAAGAAUCUCAGCCUCAAUUUUAAAAAUAUAUUAAUUUUAUUUUGGAAGAAAACAAUUUUACAAGAAGGUUAUACACAGAUAAAAUUGGAAAUCAAAUUUUCUCUAAAAGUUUAGAUGUUUUGGAUGAGAAGAAUUUAGAAUCUCUUCUAAAAAUAUUCGAUAAAUAUGUAAUUUAAUUAUAAUAUACUAGAUCUUAAAUCCAAAUUAAUACUCCUUAGAAUUAUCAACUGAUUAAUAUGGAUGUCUCAUAGUCAAUAAAAUAAUCGAUAUCUUCCCUAAACUUAUCGAUCCAAAUACUAAAUCUAUUGCAAAUGACAUAAUUAUCAGAACCAUCAAAAAUUCCUCAUGUCUGAUAAGAAGACAAUAUGCCAAUUAUAUCAUUUAGUAAAUAUUGGAAAAAGGCUAAGAGAAUCACAAAAAAUUGCUUUUGAAUAAUUACUUAAUCAAAGAUUUUGUCGCCAUGUCCCUGGAUAAGUAUGGUAGUAAUGUGGCAGAAAAGGCAAUAGUAUAUGCUGGAACUUAAUGGAGACAAAAGCUUUGGGAAGAGGAGGUUUCAGUUUCUGAAAGGUACGAUGUUAAUGUAAUUUUUAUAGUUCAUUUCGAAAAUUAGUGAAUGAUUAAUUUGCUAAUUAUCCAAUAUAGAGACUUUACGAAUAUUUAUCUCAGGACUAUAGAAAUGAAUUCAUCGCCUUGUUAAACAGAUUGCAUGAUAGCCAUUUUCUCAAUCAUCAUGGUUAAAUAGUCUUAAAAUUUUCUCUUACUAAUUACAAUGUUAAGCGUUUUGCUUAAAAAGUCAAUACUGCUGAAAAUAGUAAGCCCUCUAAAUUGUAAGAAAAGAAUAAAUAGCUUCAAUAAAUAUAUGAAUAACAAUAAAGGAUGAAUUAAAAUUCAAUUUAAUAUUAAUAAUAUCUUUAAUAAUAACAAAUGAUGGCAUAAUAAUAUUAAAUGUUUUAAUAAUAACAAUAAUAAUAAUAAUAACAAUAAUAAUAAUAACAAUAAUUCAAAUCUCCAGUUUAAUUUCAAUAAUACUAAGCAAUGCUCUUCUAAUAAGCCAUGAUGAUGUAUUAAUAACAGCAAUAGAUGAUUUCUCCUUAACUAUAAUAGUCCUCUUUGAAUUAAUAGCAGUAGUUUCCUUUCUUAUAAUCUAUAUAGCCGCAGGAUUAAUGGAAUUAAUAGGCACUCAAUUAUUAUUAAUAACUUUAAUGUUUUCAAAAAAUGAAUUAGAAUUAACAGGAAUGA